UAUUUCUUAUUCUCUUACCUUAUGGUUCUCCCCUAGUUAACUUCAUUUAGUUUCUUUAAUUCCCUUUUUUAAGUUAAUCUAGUUAAUGUACAACAAAACCAUAUGGAUUGACUAGACAGUAGUUCGAAUUUUAGUAGUGAUAAACCUAAAGGUCCUCUUGGAUGCAAUUGUGGCCCAUCUAUUAUGACUUAUUUGAUAUGUGGCUAGGAGAAGAAAAAAAUAUGAAAAUAAGAGAUCUCAAAAGUGGAGCAUCAAUCUCAAUUAAGUCCAUGAGGUUUUGUUGAAUGUCAUGUCAAAUACUCAUAACUUACUUCAUGUCGUCGACGAAAACCUCAAUUUUAAAGAGGUAUUGGGAUGUACCUAAAUUUAGUAGCAAUCAUAUAGCUUCUGAUGGUUAAGAAGCACUUGCUUAGAGGAAACCCAAUUCCAAUUUUAUUCCUUUUUUCUAUUACUUUUAUAUUUUCUAGGUUAGUAGUGAACAACUAUAUCAUGGAUGUUUAUCUCCCCUAUCAUUGUGUGUUUUACCCCAAAUCUUGAUCUUAGCCUUCAUUUGAUUUUCUUUCACUUUCUCUAUCGGUUCAUCAAUGUAGUAAUCGUGUUUCAAUACGCUUUCACAUUGUUUUAUGCACACUGGGGGACAAUAAGGGGUUUAAGUGUGGGGGUGUAUAGUUAUGUGGUUAACCAAUGCUUGCAUGUUGUCGUGUGCUUAACGUUGGUUAUGGAAGUGUAUUUUGCCUAAAAAAUAUUUAAAGUUAAUUAUGAUAUGGCAUCUGUGUGGCAAGUGAGGCUGAGUUAUCGGUGACGUGUGCGUCAAUUUGGCAUCCUAUUCAGCGUGCCGUUAACCUAACUAACGAAAUCAACACCGUUAAAUUUUGUAACGGAAAUGACUAAAUUUGUCAAAUAACUAUUAAAAUUCUGGCUAUUUCGUGUAUUCCGAAAAUUAUAUUUAUAUCUGUCGCAAACAUUUAAGUUUGACGCCUUAAGUACUAUUGUACUUAGAAGUUAGAACCAAGACCGAAUGACCCGAAUACCGUUUUGUCCUUGGUGACGGGAUCGGUCCAACCACUGUCACAUUCUACGUUUGAAAGUGGCGUACAAGCUGGGGCCUGAAAACGACACCGUCGGCGACGGCAAGGGCAGUGGUAGGAAAGUGAAACCCCAAACAUUUUUACGGUAUUACCCCCAAGCACGGAAAAGGCAAAGCAGCAGCACUUAAUCGCUUUCAGCAAGAUAGAGCAAGAAAGAGCGACUGGGGAAGGAAGGAAGGAAGCAGAGCAUACGAAGUAAACUAGGAAAGGAAGAAGAAAGAGUUCCUCGUCGUUUCCUUUCCUUUCCUUCUUGCUAUACGAAUGUGAUCUCUGUUCCAAAAGCAUUGCAGCUGGACAGAGCAAUCUAAGCUCCCCAUAUCCUCUCAAGUCUCAAGCACACAACUUUGAUCUUCCGCCAUAGCAGUCUCCAUUGUUACUUCCGCUUCUGGCGGGUUCCGUCCCUCCCUUAUGGACUCUCUUUGAAAUAAGUCGAUCCAACUUCAGACUCCCCAUUUUCGUGAGAGAUCUGUCCUCACAAUCGACGGCCCUCGGUAAUUCCUUUCCUCCUUUCUUUCCCCCCUUUCUCCUUCCGAGAUGUUUUCUUUUCCUGCGUUUGAUCCGGUUUCGAUUCUAGGUUUUCAGUAAGCAAUGCCGCUCAAGAGGGGAUUGUCCGCCAGUCGGAACAACCGAGGCCCCGCUGGUGGAUCUCGAUUGCCGAUUACGCUUGCGUUAUUCUUCUUCUUGUUCUUGGUGGCUCUGAUGUUCUCCGUUGGUCCUUGGCUCCGCACCGGCGCUCCGAUCGAUGAAGCCAAUCUUCCGAGUGGCUCCAUUAACCAGGAUUUGGAUUGGAGAGAACGGUUGGCAUUGCAACAUGUUAGAUCGCUUUUCACUAAGGAUGUCAUUGAUGUGAUCACAGCUAAUACCGCUGAUUUGGGGCCUUUUAGUCUUGAUGCUUUUAGAAGAAGCAAUCUGUCUGCUUCGUGGAAACUUGUUGGAGCUGAGGCUUCAGCUGACCAUAUAUCCUCUUCCGAGUUAAAACCAAAGCAAUCAGCUACCAUUGUCAAGCAAGAAGUACCUACCAAAAAAGAUACAAAGUUGUCUGAUGAUCAGGCUCCAUUUGUUGAAUCACCUGAAAAAUUUGCUCGAAGGCAACUAAGAGAAAAAAGACGCGAGAAACGUGCAGCGGAGUUGAUGCGGCAAGGAGAUGAAACAACUAUAAAAUUUGAAAAUGCUGCUAUUGAACGCUCUAAAUCAGUUGACUCUGCUGUUCUAGGAAAAUACAAUAUUUGGAGAAAAGAGAUCGAGACAGAGAAUGUUGAUUCUACUGUACGCUUAAUACGAGAUCAGAUGAUAAUGGCAAGGGUAUAUAUAAGUAUUGCAAAGAUGAAAAAUAAACCUGGUUUGCAGCAAGAGCUACAAACUCGACUUAAAGAGAGUCAGCGUGUCGUAGGAGAUGCAACAGCUGACUCCGAACUACAUCAAAGUGCUCCGGAGAAAAUUAAAGCCAUGGGGCAAGUUUUGUCCAAAUCAAGAGAACAGUUAUAUGACUGUAAAAUCGUCACUGGGAAGCUCAGAGCAAUGCUUCAGACAGCUGACGAGCAAGUCAGGAGCUUGAAAAAGCAAAGCACAUUCCUGAGUCAAUUGGCUGCUAAGACAGUUCCUAACGGAAUUCAUUGCUUGUCUAUGCGCCUAACAAUAGACUACUAUCUCCUUCCUCCAGAGAAGAGAAAGUUUCCGCACAGUGAGAAUCUGGAAAAUCCAAGUUUGUACCACUAUGCUCUCUUCUCUGAUAAUGUCUUAGCAGCUUCAGUUGUUGUCAACUCAACUAUUGUGAAUGCAAAGGACCCAUCCAAACAUGUAUUCCACCUGGUUACAGAUAAACUAAAUUUUGGAGCAAUGAAUAUGUGGUUUUUAUUGAAUCCCCCUGGAAAGGCCACUAUCCACGUCGAGAAUGUAGAUGAAUUCAAGUGGCUUAAUUCAUCCUACUGCCCGGUUCUCCGUCAGCUGGAGUCUGCUGCAAUGAAGGAGUAUUACUUCAAGGCAAAUCACCCCACAUCUCUCUCUUCCGGUGCUUCAAAUCUGAAGUAUCGGAAUCCCAAGUAUCUCUCGAUGCUCAAUCACCUGAGGUUUUAUCUUCCAGAGGUUUAUCCCAAGUUGAAUAAGAUACUGUUUCUUGAUGAUGACAUCGUCGUCCAAAAAGAUCUGACAGGGCUGUGGGCCGUGGAUCUUGAUGGAAAAGUGAAUGGUGCGGUGGAAACAUGUGGCGAAAGCUUUCACCGGUUUGACAAGUACCUCAACUUUUCAAACCCUCACAUCGCCAGGAACUUUGAUCCGAAUGCUUGUGGAUGGGCAUACGGUAUGAAUAUGUUUGAUCUUAAAGAGUGGAAAAGGAAGGAUAUCACUGGCAUAUAUCACAAGUGGCAAAACAUGAAUGAGGAUAGGGUACUUUGGAAGCUUGGGACGCUGCCACCAGGGUUGAUAACAUUCUAUGGAUUGACGCACCCACUUGAGAAGUCAUGGCAUGUCCUUGGUCUGGGUUAUAACCCAAGCGUGGACAAAGGGGAGAUCGAUCGUGCUGCAGUGGUUCACUAUAAUGGCAAUAUGAAGCCAUGGCUGGAGUUGGCAAUGACGAAAUACAGGCCAUAUUGGACCAAGUACAUCAAGUAUGAUCAUCCCUAUCUGCGCAAGUGCCGCCUAAGUGAAUGAAUGAGCCCCAAUUGGCAAGGCUAGGCACACUUCCAUCCGAAUUCCACUAUUGUUCAUACAUCUUCAGUUCCCCUUUCCAUUCAUUGCAUUCGUUUCCAUCAUUUCCUACAGCCGUUGGAAGCAGUUACUUUAUAAUUCCCAUCUCUGUCCCAUUGUUGACCUGUAAAAUAUCCCAAAACAAGACUGUCUCUCUCUCUCUCUUCCAUCUUAUUGCUUUCAGCUUUUAGAUAUCUUGUAUUUGGUCCUGGAUGGAUGUUUCAGGAACUGAGUUUGGUUUGACAGUUUAGGAAAACUCCACAUAUGUGUUAGCUUUCGACAAUGCUGUUUGCAGCGAUGACUAUGAGGAAUCACAGUCCACUGACUUGUAAUAACACCUUUUCAAACACCUUUUUAGGCUUUUGAUAUCCAGGAAUUAGGAUAACAUCACAGGGGUGUGCAAUGAACCGGACCGAACCAAAUUUUGAGAAUCACGAUGCAAAAGUAAAAAGAAAAAUAAGAUAGACAGGGACCAGAUCAACAUUGAAUUCGACCAAAUGUGAUCUGGUUUGGUCCAAUCAACAUAUCAAUCAGGUUAUUUUUUCUUUAAGUAGUUAUACCACUCAUAAGGACUGGACCGCAUUAUAUUCGAUCGGUUUGGUUUAGUCUCGAUGUCGGUUUGGUCUGGUGUGGCAUGCUCUGGAGCAAAUCAUUGCACACCGUACCUUAUUGGGUCGGAUAUGGUUCAAUUUUGUUGGCCAAAAAAGAAAACCGGCACAAUUUUAUUUAUUUUUUAGUCGGGUUAUCCUCUCACUCUUUCCUUCGAUGAAUUCCUCAUCCCCAAUUCGUUACAACUUCUCCUCCAUUCUCGUCUUUACUAUCUAUCCAAAACCAACACAAAGCUUCAUCAAAAUUCUUGGCGCCACCGUCCUUUCCCAUCCCCGCAACACUCACUCUACCCCUGUGACUAUGUCGUCAUCGAAACUCGUGUCCUUCAGCCUCCCAUCACCGCCACUUUCACUUAAUGAAUGAUGGUUGCCUACAACCCUUAUAGCUUCAUCAUUUAUUGAUGAUUUCCUCUUCUCAUUGAAACCACCAAAGCCUCGGGGAUGAUGGAUUUUUGGAACCUUUCUUCCAAAGAAUGGUAGUACUCUGGCUGCCAAGAUCACUGGAGAACUUACAUCAUUCCUUCAUCAAGGAUCAUUUCCAACAAAGCUCAACAAAAUAUUUCCUAGUUCCUUAGAUGAAAAUCAUCCCUACUUUUCCAAAAGAUUUAGAGCUAGCGUUUGCCUUGUUUUGGGUUGCAAUUUGGAUUUUGGAAGAGUAAGACAAAUUUUGAGCUCAAUUGUCUGGUUGGAAUUGUAUGUUUGGCAAUGUUGUCAGAACCGAACCGGAGCAUGACCCGGUAAUGCGAACGGCUCGCACUUUAGCGGUCCAACCGGCAUUAGACCGUUUAAAAACCGUUAGAGAACCGGUAUCUAAUAAACGUUAUCAGUAUAA